UUCAGGUCUCUCUGUCUCUCUCUGGGUGGAAGUUUCCAUUGCUAAGUUUUCUCGCACUAAUCUAUAAUACCCCCUCGUGUCACUUUCAACUCGCACCCACGUUUCUUCAUGGCAUCACCCACAAUUUUAUCUCUCUUCCCCAUACAUCUACCACCACCGUUAACACCACCGCCUCCAUUGCUUUCUUUUCUUCCACAACAAAAACUAUUAAAAGCGGUUCUGUUUCAAUAACUAGUACAGCAGUUAUAAAGAAAUGAUAAUGAGGCUAUAUGUUUAUUUGUUGGAGGGUAGGGACUGGGUGGUGACGGACUCAUAUGUGAAGCUUCAAGUUGGUAAGUUCAAGUCCAAAACAAGGGUUCUUAGGAACACUGAAAACCCAGUUUGGAAUGAAGAGUUUGUUUUCAGAGUUCAUGAAAUGGAGGAUGAACUUGUGGUCUCUGUGUAUCAGCACCAUGAUGAUUCUGGGUUCUUCACUGCCUCUGGGGAUUUAGUGGCUCGGCUCCGGAUUCCAAUAGGGUCCGUUGCUGCCGAAGAGAACCAGAACUUGCCACCCACUUGGUUUUCUCUGGAAAAACCCAAGACAUCGAAUUCAAUCAACAAAGAUUCCGGGAAAGUUCUUCUCACUCUUUCGCUGCAUGACAGAGGCCAAGACAUAUGUGAUGACCAUUUAUUCUCCAGAUUUCCAAGUAUUAAAAAUGUAAGUUUUAGAGAAUGGGAUGCAUUUUUUUCUUCUCAAGAUAUUCUCAAGUCCACAGAUCCUUCCAGAAAGAUGCUAGAUGGUAAACAGUUGAUCAAGUCCAUUGCCUGCCGUUUAGAGAGGCUAUUUCAUAAGAGUGAGGAAACCUCAAAGAAUGAUGAUUCUUCUGGCUUGUCCACUACCCUAUCUGACUAUGAGGAUUGCAUGGAGGAAUUCCCCUCUAACUGUACUUUUGCAGAAUCUAUUGAAAUGCUGCAGUCAAUGAAUGAUGACCGAGAAAUCCCUGAGAACCUUCAGGGAGGCAUUCUUUUGGAUCAGUCAUAUGUUGUACCACCCAAAGAUCUCAACAUGUUUCUUUUCGUUCCAGAUUCACAGUUCAGUAGAAAUCUGGCGGAAUUGCAAGGAACAACAAAUGUCCAAGAGGGCCCCUGGACAUGGAGAUCAGAAGAAGACACAUCAUGUUUAACACGAGUUGUUACCUACACAAAGGCAGCAACAAAGUUAGUUAAGGCUGUAAAAGCCACUGAGGAGCAAACCUAUAUUAAAGCAGAUGGAAGAGAAUUUGCUGUUUUUGUGAACGUGAGUACCCCAGAUGUUCCAUAUGGAAGUAUGUUCAAAGUUGUGUUACUCUAUGUUAUAAAGCCUGGACCAGAGCUAUCUUCCAGAGAAGAAUGCUCCCAUCUUGUGGUAUCAUGGGGCAUUAUCUUUUACCGGAACACAAUUAUGAAAGGCAUGAUUGAAGGAGGAGCUCGGCAAGGUUUGAAGGAGAGUUUUGAUCAGUUUGCCAGCUUGCUAGCUCAAAAUUUUAAAAUGUUAAAUACUGAAGACAAAUUGGACAAGGAUCAUGUGCUGGCAACUUUGCAGACAGAGCAUCAGUCAGAUUGGGAAUUAGCAACCGAAUAUUUUUGGAAUUUUACUAUGGUUUCUACCCUUGUUAUGUUUUUGUAUGUCUUUGUGCAUAUUCUACUUUGUGAAACAAGCAACCAGCAGGGUUUAGAAUUUAGUGGUCUUGAUUUGCCAGACACUUUUGGAGAACUUAUCACCUGCGGAAUUUUAGCGAUCCAAUUAGCACGUGUUUAUAACAUGGUAUCACAUUUUGUACAAGCUAGGUUGCAAAGAGCAAGUGAUCAUGGAGUCAAAGCCCAAGGUGAUGGAUGGAUGCUUACUGUAGCUUUAAUUGAGGGGAUGAACCUAGCUUCCUUGGAUUCAGCAGGGUUCCCUGAUCCCUAUGUGGUGUUCUCCUGCAAUGGUAAAACUAGAACCAGCUCUGUCAAGCUUCAGACUCCUGAUCCUCAAUGGAAUGAUAUACUCGAGUUUGAUGCAGCGGAAGAACCACCUUCAGUGCUGGAUGUGGAAGUUUUUGAUUUUGAUGGUCCAUUUGAUCAAUCUGCCUCACUUGGACAUGCUGAAAUCAAUUUCUUAAAGCACACAUCUACAGAGCUGGCCGACAUGUGGGUUCCUCUCGAGGGAAAACAUGCUCAUUCUCAGUCAAAGUUGCACCUUCGAAUCUUUUUGGACAAUAACAAUGGAGUUGAAACAAUUAAAGAAUAUUUAACAAAGAUGGAGAAGGAAGUUGGAAAAAAGUUGAACCUUCGGUCACCUCACAGGAAUUCAACGUUCCAGAAACUUUUUGGGCUGCCACCAGAAGAAUUUCUCAUCAGUGAUUUCUCAUGCUCCCUAAAAAGAAAGAUGCCAUUACAGGGUCGACUUUUCCUAUCUGCCAGAAGUGUAAGUUUCUAUGCGAACUUGUUUGGUCAUAAAACCAAAAUUUUCUUCCUAUGGGAGGACAUUGAGGAUAUUCAAGUGCUCCCUCCAUCCCUGGCAUCCGUGGGCAGCCCCAUACUGGUAAUAGUUCUGCGGAAGGGCCGAGGUCUUGAUGCUAGGCAUGGUGCAAAAUCUCAAGAUGAAGAAGGAAGGCUGCGUUUCUAUUUCCAUUCAUUUGUUUCCUUCAAUGUAGCCAGCAGGACUAUUAUGGCAAUGUGGAGAACAAGAAUUCUGACUCCAGAUCAGAAAGCCCAAAUAGCUGAAGAGCAGCAGGAUCAAGAUGGGAAUUCUAUUUUGCUUGAAGACAUUGGAUCCUGUUUGGUUGUUGAAGAAGCAAACAUGUCCAAGGUUUACUCUGCUGAUUUUCCUGUUAAUAUAAAUUCAAUCAUGGAGGUGUUUGAUGGGGGAAACUUGGAACAUGAAGUGAUGGGAAAAUCUGGUUGUCUCAAUUAUGUGACUACUACUUGGGAACCUGGAACUCCCGAUGCUUUUGAAAGACAUCUAUCCUACAAAUUCAACCGUCGGGUCUCCAUCUUUGGAGGGGAAGUUACUUCCACACAACAAAAGGCUCCCAUUCCCAAUGAUGGAGGCUGGAUUGUGAAUGAGACUAUGACCCUACAUAAUGUCCCAUUUGGCAACCACUUCCGUGUCCAGUUCAGAUACCAGAUUGAGAACUCCAAUCUUGUUCCAAGGUCAUGCAAGUGUGAUGUUUAUCUCGGCGUGACAUGGCUGAAAAACACCAAGUUUCAAGGAAGAAUAACCCAGAAUAUUACCGACAAGUUCACCCGCCGCUUAAAAGAAAUAUUUGAGCUAGUUGAAAGCGAGAUUUUAUUGGCCAGUCGAUAACAUAGUUCCAUUUGACAAUUACUGUAUUUCAGUAUUUUUUUCAUCUUUGGGAAUAAGUUGAGGGAGGCAACAAAGGCAGUUUGAGAAUUUCUGUAGUUUUUUUUUAAGGUAUCAGGCUGUAAUUUUAACUUUUGAGGAUGAAUCAUCUCUGUUCACGGAUCCCAGUGUUAACCAUGCUCAUUGUUCAUUAUCAUCAACAAUGGUAACAUUUUUUUCCCAUUCCUUUUUUGAUAAUUUAU